AUGGCGCCCAAGAAGCGAGUAAAGCAACAAAGUGCUCAGAAAAACCCGACAAAGAAGUCCGAAGACCCUGACUACUUGAAAAAAGUCGACCCCAUACUGAUGAAAAAUAUCAAGCAGUUGACUGCCGGGCGAAGCAAUCUUCUGAUUUUCGUGCCAAUGUGUGGCAAGACUCCCGAUAUGUUGUGGUUAGCUGAACAGGGUCACGCGAUCACCGGUGUGGAAAUCAACGCUCGCUACAUCAAGGCUUUCUUCCGCAACGCGGAGCUAGAAUACACUCUCCGAUCAGAACAAUUUACGCCAAAGAAGAAAGUGAACGUGUACGAAGCGAAGGGCAAGGAUAUUACUUUGUAUCAGUGUGAUAUCUUUGAUUACAACGUGGAGGUUUCAGGUCAGUUCGACGCCAUCUGGGAUCAGUCUGCCAUUCCUAUAGUCAAUGAUAUGGGGGCCAGACGACUCAAACAGUACACAAGCCUAAUGCAGGCGCUACUGAAACCUGACGGACGCCAUAUGGUAGAGGUGUGCAAACAUGGGUCGAACUUCGUAGACGAGAAGAUGCUCAAAUCAUUGUUUGGAGAUAAGAGCGAUGUUCGUUAUUUAGGUAACAACCUUACUUUCUGUCACACUUUUAAACAUGGCAUGAAAACAUAAGUAAGCGCAUACAAUUGAGAAAACAAUGAAAAAAAAAAGAAAGAAAAAAAAAACAACGCAAUAUUAUUCAAUUAAUUUGUACUUUUGUUUCGAAAUUUCAAUAGCAGGUAAAAGANAGAAGAAAGUGAACGUGUACGAAGCGAAGGGCAAGGAUAUUACUUUGUAUCAGUGUGAUAUCUUUGAUUACAACGUGGAGGUUUCAGGUCAGUUCGACGCCAUCUGGGAUCAGUCUGCCAUUCCUAUAGUCAAUGAUAUGGGGGCCAGACGACUCAAACAGUACACAAGCCUAAUGCAAGCGAUACUGAAACCUGACGGACGCCAUAUGGUAGAGGUGUGCAAACAUGGGUCGAACUUCGUAGACGAGAAGAUGCUCAAAUCAUUGUUUGGAGAUAAGAGCGAUGUUCGUUAUUUAGGUAACAACCUUACUUUCUGUCACACUUUUAAACAUGGCAUGAAAACAUAAGUAAGCGCAUACAAUUGAGAAAACAAUGAAAAAAAAAAGAAAGAAAAAAAAAACAACGCAAUAUUAUUCAAUUAAUUUGUACUUUUGUUUCGAAAUUUCAAUAGCAGGUAAAAGAUUCAUUCCCCUGAGGGCGAAGGGGUGAACGCUCCAUCCAGUCCACCUAACCGUUAACAACUGCACUCCCCAUUUUAAGCAAAAUCUCACACUAUUGUUUAGUUAUCAUUAAUUAUACAUCACCUACGAGAGAGUUCGGGACUUAGCGAUUGGAAGCUCGACUUAUAUCACAGUUAAAAGGUACUCGCACUGGAAGCAAAAAGUUUAAAUUGGCAAAAUCAAAAACCGACUGGUCUCAAGUUACUGGAACUGCACCAUGUGUUAUCCACUGGAUGAACGUCUAUCAACUAGAUAACGCAUUUGGUUUCCCAAAAACUUAUCUGCUGGAUAGUGUUUAACACAACCAGGCCAUUGGUAACAAGAAUUUCUUAAAAUUAACGUAUUUUAUCUUUGUUGCUGAUUUCAAUGAAACUCCCUUGAAUUUGUUUGAUUGAAAGCAGUGAUAUUAUAAAGAUUAUGGUCGUCGGGGUUCAUAAGAGAGGGGGGAGGGGGUGGGGAGGGUGCACAGAGACACCAAAUCACGCCCCGCUUUUUUCAUGAUGAACGCAAGUAUUUUCCAAGUACAAUAGUUUUGCCUUUUUUUUUCAACGCUAAUCAAGCGUCGACGAAUAGUUAACUUUUCAGUAAACGUUUCGCGAAAUAGGAACAAGAAUUUGGAAGUACGACCCGGAGGAAUUCGCGGAAGAGGAAUGCGACGAAGGAGAGGAGGUCACGAGACACAGGCAUCACGAACACGAGCACGAAUCACACGGACACGAGGAACACGGACAUGGUGAUCACGGAGAUGAGGAAGGGGAAACGGAGAUGUUUUACCACCUGAUUACAUUCAAGUAAGACACAAGUUAAUUAUUAUUUUUAACUGCAUAGAUGGGAGUAGAGUUUUGCCGUGGCUCAUGCCAGAUUGCAACACAGCUGUAUGCAGCUGGUCAUAUGGAAGGUCUGGGCCGAGUUUGAGAAUAGAGAGUGAGUCUGGAGACGGAGAGUUAGGCAAUUUUCACACUAUAAAGUGUUUUCACUCACGUGGCCAGCAUCUAUGCAAAUUUAUUGGAACAAAAGAAAGCGUUUGCAUAAGAAAAAAGUUCAACUCCCACAGGACUGGUUUGGGACACCAACAUGGCCGCCGUUUCAUUGUUUUGGGACACCAAUAUGGCCUCCGUGACGUCAUGAGAAAACACUCUAUACCGGAAAACUUUUGGCGUGGACACGAAAAGAUAUCGCGGAUGGUAUGAACGGCAACGGCAACGGCAACGGCAACGGCACAGAACUGGAACAAGUCCUUCACACACAUCGAACAUCGUGCCGGAGCGGUUGGCCGAGAGGGUUUGGCGACCUAAAUCCUAGCCUCCCACGCAAACUUUCUUUUGGCAGGUCACGCAAGCCUCUCCAACGUGGGAUAGGAACGCGCGACGAAUUCCUAAGACUACUGCGCGGGAGGCUACCUAAAUCUCAGUUCUCACUCCUGCAUAUUUACUUCCAUCUCACUGGUUUCCAGGCCUCGCUCUAGCCUGCGUAACUGGCGGGAUUGUUUUGCCCGGGAUACUACAGCACUCGUCCGCUAAUCCAGGUACGCAGGCUAUCAUCGCUCCUACUUAUUCACUUCCGCGACGGUCCGACUACCUGUUUACACUGCACCAAAAGGGUUACAGAACCUCUCCAAUAUGUGUCGCACCACUUUAACGAUCGGCGCAGCGCAGCUUCGCUUCGUUAAGGUCGGUACACACUUGGCGACAAGUUGCAGCAACAAAUCGCGGCGACACGUCUUAGCGACAAAUCGCUUCGUACGUACUGGAGAAUUUUUGUCUCUGCAACGAAAUUUUGUGGCAGCAACAAGUCGCACAAAUUCUGUCUGAUUUGUUUUUUGAACAAAAUUAUGUUGCGGACACGAAGAUUUUCACAAAAAUUAUCCACUACGCACGAUGCGAUUUGUCGCUGCGACGUGUCGCCGUCACGUGUUGCUGUAACUUGUCGCCUAGUGUGUACCGACCUUUACAGAAAUCGCGCCGCAUUGCAAAAGUUAUCCGGUAUAGAGUAAACAUAGCAUUAGAAACAUACCAUCUUCGAGAACAAAGCGAAUUCCAGCUAGUUUGUGUCCUGUGAUGAGACCGCGUUCGCAAAUCUCUUGGAAACCCUGAAAUUCAAGCAACAAGAGCAACCGUUAGCAUACGCGGCAGAGUAGAAAUCCUCGUUUGUAACCUGUAUUAUUUAAAUGCCUGAUUUGAGGGAAAAAAUUGCGAGAAAUCAGUACCUUUUCUAUGGCGGGGAUAAAGUUUUUGGGGAUGUUCAUUCCAACAGUAGCAUCUAAAAAUUCGAUAUCAGUGGCGGCUUCCGGCAUGGGCUGCGAAAAAAAAAGAACAGUCAGAGAAGUGAUUAGCUUGUUACGUCACCUCUUCACGUCAUAAAUCAUCCAGAAUUCUACCGGGCGUUAAACAAUGUGUCUUUAGAGGAGAAGCUUGGGUCUUACAGAAGAAUCGCACUUGCAUUUGAAUAAGCUGUGCGACGCUUGUUACAGUUUUUUUCUUCCGAGAUCUGUCAUAAGCAGGACGACGUCUCUUUACAAACGCGUGCAUCCUCGGAGAACUAAGAGACGGGAUAGGAAGGGAUGAGAUUGGGAUAUUGGGAGACGGGAUAGUUUCAGGGCAAAUUAACGAAAGGUAAUUCAACAAGAAUUGGGGAGCUCCCGGAUACUUACUCGUACUAUGAUCUCCCGCAGGAGGAAAAUUAGCCGCUAAAAUAUACAGUUCAUUCCUUCCAAUGAAGACAGGUGCGAACGCUUCAAGACUAAAGUUUUAAAAAGGUCUCCGUAAAAACUAUGUAUGUCACCCCUUACGUAUAGCAUUUUUAAAGCUUUCCUUUCUUUAAAAGGUCUCUUUUUAUUAAGGAGCAUCCAGUUCACCUUCGUACUUUUGUUAUUCUGUUUAUUGCUUCGUUUUAGGGAGAAAGAUGUACCAACGGAGAAAAGGAAAAGGAAGAACGAGGAAUCCGAAAAGGAGAAAACAUCCAAGAAAAAGAAGGCUGUCGAAGAAAAGGCAAAACCGAAUAAGAAAGCUAGGAAGUAGAUGGCUAUUUUUGGCUAGAAGUGCCCAGAAAAAAUUACAGACAAAAUUCUUUUACAUGUACGAGGCCACCCAGGAUAUUGGGACAAGUAGUCGUUUGAUAAAAGAGUUAACAAAGGUUUGC